AUGAAGGUGCUCUGCAGUUUCGGAUGUGAAAUCAUCCAGACUUCAGAUUUCAGGACAUUGAAGCCAGCUAUGGAGAAUGGAGCUAAAGUGGAUCUGCUCAGUAUAGAAGAAGAGGAUCUUGUGCAGAUCUUGUCUCACGUGGUCGAAGAACUGAAGGACUCUGGCAAGGACAUAAACCGGACUGAACUGUUACAUGGUCUCCUGAAUGCUCCAUGUUUACAGUCUUUACUGAAGAUUUAUGAGUGUUUACAGCAAUAUCUGAGGAACUCAGCAACCCCGUAUCUCUCCUAUGCCUCUGGGCUCACAGUUGAGAUUCUGUCAGAUUUACGAGCUCUGCUGUACCCAUCCUAUGAGGCCAGAGAACUUUACCGUCUACUCAUGGAGCCCCACAUGCAGGCUCUGAUCUCAGCCCACGAUGUUGUGGGACUGAAGGAUUAUGAGCCUGUAUUGCCUCCACUGCCCGAAGACCUGGACAACAAUGAGGAGGCCAUGAGGAUCGUCUGCAUGGUCAAGAACAACCAACCUCUGGGAGCGACUAUACGGAGAGAUGAAAUGACAGGAGAGAUCUACGUGGCUCGAGUUAUUCAUGGAGGAUUGGCUGACCGCAGUGGUCUCUUGCAUGCCGGAGACAGACUGGUGGAGGUGAACGGGUAUCCUGUGUUUGGACUCGAACCAGAGCAGAUAAUAAAAAUACUGGCUCACUCACAUGGAACCGUUAUGUUUAAGGUCGUCCCGAUUACUGACAGACCAGUCAGCAACAAGACCAUGCUGUUUGUGCGAGCCAUGGUGGACUACAACCCCCACCAAGACCCUGGUAUCCCUUGCAUGGACGCUGGCAUGGCCUUCAGAAAGGGCACCUUGCUGGAGAUAGUGGACCAGACUGAUGCCCUCUGGUGGCAGGCGAAGAAAGUACCGUGCAGUUCGACGUGUGCUGGACUUAUCCCUUCUGCCUGCAUGCUCAAGAGGAAUCUGAAAGAAUUCUGGUGGUCACAGCCUCACACCUGCAAUAAAAUAUUGAGCGCAGUGGAUGAAGAGGAUGACAUGAAUGCUAUAGAUGUGUCUGUCGUAGAAACAGAUGAGGAAGCAUUUGAAUCUGAAGAACUAAAGGAGGAUGAGAACGAGUUUAACACCAGCGUCGAUGGCAUUUAUCUCGCUGGCUUCCGGAGGAGUCUGCGUGUGUGUCGUCGGCGCAGGGUUCAGGGUGGAGUUUCAGGCCUGAUCUGCUCCCUGUGCUGCACCAGUUUCUUUACUAGCCCAUAUGAGGAUGUGGUGCGAUACCAGCGCCAUUUAGAGGACACACACCGCCUCAUUGCCCUGCUCGGACCGUCUGGAGUCGGUGUGAAUGAGUUGCGCAAGAAACUGAUCGAGAUCAACCCGAGGACCUUCUUGGGACCCACGCCACACACGACGAGACCACGGAAGAUGUACGAGGAGCCUGGGAGAGAGUAUCACUUCCUCAGCAGAGAUCAGUUUGAGAACAUGGUGCACAACAACAGGUUUGUGGAGUACGGAGAAUUCAGAGGUCACCUCUACGGCACCAGUGUGGAUGCGGUGAAGGAUGUUCUGGGUGCUGGGAAGAGCUGCAUCAUUGAUAUUGAUCCAAAAGCCAUUCCAUCAGUGCGGACUCCUGAGCUGAAAGCAUACAUCAUCUAUAUAAAACCUCCUCCUUUAGCCCAAAUGAAACGAACACGGAUCAACGCCCAGGUGACUAAUUACUGCACCACUCGACCGUUUAAGGAUGAAGAUUUUUAUGAGCUCGAGGAGGCAGGCUGCAGGAUGGAACAGCAAUACAGUCAGUUUUUUGAUCACGUGAUUGUGAACGAUGGCCUGCAGUCGUCCUGCGUUCGGCUGAUGGCGGCGGUGAGGAGAGCUCAGGAAGAGCCACAGUGGGUUCCUGCCUCAUGGAUCAAACCGACUGAAGAAACAUGACAUUAAGGGCUCAGCUUAGGGUUUUUUCUUCUAUAGUCAAGGCCACUCAUAGCAACAAAAAGCUCAUGAGAUGAAUCAGAUCAUUAUAAGUGGAGUAAAAUCACUGUCUUGUGAAGAAUCUCUCGAGUGGAGCUGAGAUGUGUGAACUUGUGUGAACAUGUUACUGUACAUGUGAUCGUUUGUUUCAUACAAUUCACUUCCAGAAAAAUGUAUAUUCUGUUAUAUUGAGUUUCCUUAAAAUGUUAUUUGCACUUUUUACAUUUUUUUAGAAUAAAUUAAUUGCACAACAUUUUUAGAUCAAACUACUGACUGUAUCAUUGCAGAUACUUUUGCAUCUUUCCUAUUUUCUGGAUGAAAAGCUAAAGACGUAAAAUA